AUGUCGUCCACAACCAACGGCAACGGCAACGGCAACGGCCACGGCCACGCCGCCCACCCCCCAACCAAGAACAAGAAGCGAGUCAUCGUCGUCGGAGCCGGAGCAUCUGGCAUGUCCGCAUGUCACGCCUUCUCCCUCUCACCCUUCGAAUUCGACGUUACUCUCUACGACAAGCAAUGUUCCCUCGGCGGCUCCGCAACGUCCUACCAACUCCCCGACCCAGCCAAGUACCGAUCGCAAUACAUCAACGAUGGAGUUCAAGGAGCAUCUCCGGUCUUCUACAAUACUUUUAAAGUCUUCGAGCACGUCUUGGGCUUCAAAGCACAGCAAGUCGGAAUGCAAAUCUCGUUCGGUAAAGGAAAAGAAUCCUUCUGGUCUAACGUUUUCCCCUCGGAACUCGUCGAAAAGUAUUCCAAAGAUAUCAACAGGUUCGGCACAACACUCAAAACAAUCAAGAGGUUUGAGGUGCUGUUUGCGGUGAUUCCCGUUCAUAGGAUGUUGAAGAUGUUUGCAUUUUCCGACGAGUUUGGCGAGAGGAUGGUUUAUCCGUUGGUAGCCUUGUUCUUUGGGACGGGGAAUGAUACGAAACACAUCUCGUCGGCGAUCUUGGAGAGGGUUUUCUUGGAUCCUAGUAUGAGGCUCUUCGAGUUUUCCGAGGAUAGUCUGUUGGCUAGUGUACCGACCAUGAUGGCUUUCCCCGAGCUAGCCCGAGUGUAUGCCGCAUGGGAGGAUGAGAUUACCAAGAAUGGCAACAUUCGCGUCGAAACCUCCCGGGAAGUUACCGAAAUUCAACGUAACACCAAAGAAGCACGCAAGCGCGGAGGAAACAUGCUCAUUACUUCUCGUAGGGUCGAUAAGGAAGGUAAACCUCUCACUACGGGUGAUGAAGAGGAGCAGGUGGAAGUUUUCGACGAGCUCAUCCUAGCCUGCGAUGCCGAUACCUCGCUUAAGAUUCUCAACAAAGCAGCGACUUGGAGAGAACGCAAGAUCCUCGGCUCGAUCCUUUACCGCUGGGACAUUACCACCACUCACAAUGAUUACGAGUAUAUGUCCAAACACUACCAAAUGACGUACGAUCCCAAGUACAACGCCAAAAACCGCGAUGACAAGGAGACGAAAGAAUCGUUCGAAUUCGCCGAAAAGAACUGGAAACCUCUCUACCUCAUCAAGAUGUACCAAGACGAUCCAGCCCUGAUUGAAAUGUCUUUCGACCUGACCAACUAUCAACCGCAAUUCUCCGGUGUCGGACCCACUGGGCCACGAGAACGUGGUGCCCGCUCACCCGAAUCUGCUCCCCCACGCGAACGUCAAGGACCACACGGCAAGCAAGGAGACUCACAAGAAAAAGAACUCUCACCAUUCGCCUCUUCCAACGCAGACGAGUUAAAGGAACCUCCGGUGCAAGACCACGUAUUCCAAACGAUCUUCCUUAACAAAGAACUUUCCGAAAAAUGGACCCGUGGCGAGAUCUGCAAGGAUAAAAUCAUCCUUGAGAAGUGGUGGAAACAGCAAUCGCAUCGCUGGACACACUACGCAUAUGUUGUGCCUUGGCUUUGGUUGAUUAAUGGUGCUAACCAUACGAAUUAUUGUGGUGGUUGGACUCUGGUGAAUAUGCAAGAGGUUGCGAUUGUCAGUGGAUAUGCGGCAGCGGUGGCGAUCGGGGCCAAAUAUCCGUUUGAAGAGGAUAAGGAAUGUGCGAGGUUGUUCAAUUUGUAUAAUGCGUUGGCUCAUUUGAGUUUUAAGAAUGCCAAGAAGGCGUUGAAGGGGUAG